ACAGUUCUCGGAAAAAGUGAUUCGCUCACAAAAAUAUUAUUGCGAAAUUUCUCAAAAUUAAGAACGAAAUACUAACUCUUGUUUAGUUUUAACUAAAUUGUAAAAAAUUAAAUCAUUUCAGUUAUUUUAAAAGUGAUUAGUUAGCGAAUAUGACGACAACUGUAGCAUCCAGUAUUAAAAGUAUCGUCCUUUCGCGUUCCUUAGUUCAAUUUCAAAGGCAACCACUUCUUUAUUCAACCUAUCGUGGUCUCUUCGAUUUCACACCGAUUACAAAUACGAGACGAGAGUUUGCCCAGAAGAAGCUGGCAGGAUAUUCGGCGGAACAGCUAUUCAGCGUGGUGUCGGACGUCGAAAAGUACAACACCUUUGUCCCGUUUUGUAAAAAAUCGCACGUGUACGCCCGCAAGCCCGGUUCGCUGAAGGCCGACCUGAUAAUCGGAUUUCCACCGCUGAACGAAAGUUACACCUCGAACGUAACGCUGGUCAAACCAUCGCUGGUCAAGGCCGAGUGCGUGGACGGGCGGCUGUUCAACUACCUGCUGACGGCGUGGCAGUUCAGCCCGGGCCUCAAGGACAUCCCGCAGUCCUGCGUAAUCGAUUUCAUGGUCGCGUUCGAGUUCAAGUCGGUGCUUCACUCGCAGCUGUCCAAUUUGUUCUUUGACCAGAUCGUCAAACAGAUGGAGUACGCGUUCAUAGCGGAGGCCGGCAACCGCUUCGGGCCGCCCUCGAUCAAGAGCCACGUGCUCGUGUCGAACAAAUCGUGACAGGGCCGAGAUUAAGAAUGAAAAUAUUUGUACAUUUUGAUUGGCCACGUGUGGGCGGGUGGUUUAAUUUAUGUAGAAUGUCCUAGCGAGCCGCUGGCUCACAAGCAAAAGGAUUGAAUGAAAGUGGAGGUAUUUUUUGUUGUUGUUCGUUAUGUAGAUAUUGUUUUAUUCGAAUUAAUAAUUCAUCAACGAGGAGGGACCGUUUAUUGCGGUCCCUCUUUCAUCCCACCCCCUUUGGAAGUCUAGGUCAUCGCGUAGCCCCGAACCCAGGACGGCGACCUUCGCGUAGACUAAUUUAACAAUUGGAAGGCAAAAGUACCCAAAUAGAUUGAUUUAAUGUGAACGUACGGGUAGCGCGUUUGUCGUCGAAAGAGAGAACUGAGAAAAGGCAAA